CCAUUAAGAAUCCCACUUUAAGCAAGCUGCCGAAUACCGCUCCGUAUACCGCUCCGCGUCAAUCAGGCACCACCAACCAAACCUCUCUCUCUCUCUCUCUGAGAAGAAGAUUCAGAGUUCACGGUUCGAUCUUCUUCAACAUCUGCUCUCCCCACUUCCUCUUCUCUCUCAGGUACGCACCGGAUCAUCAUUCCCAUCUCUUAAUUCAAUUGAAUCACGACGACAAAGGUUAGAACUCAAAGAAAACCAUGAAUUCCAACUUCGGAAAGAACUUCGAUUUCGAUCUCGGCCUCGGAUCGUCACGAACAACAUCUCUCAACGACAAGAAGAACAAGAACUCCUCUUAUUCCUCGUAUUCCUCGUAUUCUUCCUCGUCCUCGGCGCAGUCGAAGCCGGCUUGGCAGCCGACCAAACCGUCCUGGACGCACCAGCCCGCGGCGGCGCCGAGUCAGCCGAGCUCCAUGGUCGGCGACAUCUUCGGCAAGAGCUGGUCCUCCGACCCUUCUUCUGGCAUUGGGAUCGUCGAUAAAAACCCUAACUUGUUCGGCGAUUUGGUGAAUUCCGCUCUAGGGCAAGACAAGACCGGCGCCGGUGGCUCUAACGCCAAUGCUCCGUUGAAGAAUUCCACUCCGGCGUGGAACAAGUCUCCGUUUUCGAUGGGAAAUAUGGCCGAUUCGUUACCGAAAACGAAUUGGGGAUCUACGGGGAAUUAUCAUACAAAUGUCAAUCCAAAUAGCUAUAGAAGUCCCAAUCUUGGUGGUCCUUCGAUGACAAGUUUGAAUAAUACUAGUGGUGGUGGUAAAAUUGGAUCUAACUCUAAGGAUCCAUUUGGUUCUUUGGUUGAUUUUAGCUCAAAGCCAUCGAGUAAUCCCAAUUCCAAUACUAAGAAUAGUAAGGUCAAUAAUAAUAAUGAUCAGGGGAAUAAUGUUUUUGGGGAUUUUCAGAAUGCCCCAAAACCAAGCACCACCACCAACAAUACAUUCCCAACUAGCAGUUUUACAUUUUCAAACCCAAGUUCUGGUUUGAACAUGGACGAUUUUCUCAAGCCCACAAACAGGGCUGCUCCUCCUCCUCCUCAGUCAUCUUCUGAUCCUCUUGGCAUGUUCUUUUCUUCAUCCACAACUGCUACCGCCACUGCGCCGAGUAAUGGGCUUGGAGGACUACAACAAUCCCAAUCGGAAAUGGAUGAUUGGGGAGUGGGAACAGAGUUCGGAGGCGAUGAUGGCGGCCCCACCACCGAGCUCGAUGGGCUGCCGCCGCCACCUGCUGGAGUCAAUGCGUCCGCGGCGAAGAACAAGGGGAUGGAUAACUACAAGCAGGGGCAGUAUGCUGAUGCCAUUAAGUGGCUAUCUUGGGCUGUGGUACUUCUUGAGAAAGCGGGCGAUACCAGUUCCGUUUUGGCAGAGGUUUUGUCGAGCAGAGCUUCGUGUUACAAGGAAGUUGGGGAGUAUAAGAAAGCUGUGGCGGACUGUACAACGGCGUUAGAACAAGAUGAAGCAAAUGUAUCUGUUCUCGUACAGCGCGCGCUCUUGUACGAGAGCAUGGAAAAAUACAAACUUGGGGCAGAAGACCUGAGGACUGUUAUGAAGUUUGAUCCUGGUAACAGGAUUGCAAGAAGCACAAUUCACCGCUUGACUAAAUUAGCAGACUAGAGAGGGUUGUGUUCUAUCUAGUUUUCUCAGACUCGUAUUAUGCGAGAAGUGUAUUCUCUUGGGUUUAUACCCUCUUCCCCUUUCAACAAAAAUUUGUGGGGGAAAUAUAUCUUUCUUGGUUGAAUUCGUGGACCCUUUUUUUUUCUGAUGAUAUUUUUUUCUUGUAUGAUGUGUUUUGGUUCUUUGUUUGCUUGUGUGUUGAAAAUUAUUCGAUGUUACAUGAAAAUAUGGUUCUGCUAUUUUGAAAAAAAAAAUUUAUUGUAUACC